CUUCAUCUUCAUCUCCUUCAUCCUCAUCCUCUUCAUCAUGUCAAUAGACGAUCGGACCUUAUGUGUUGAUUACCAUGCUUGGAUUUCUCAGCAACAAGCAGACCUCCAUGAGCUCCGUUCCGCCAUAAACCCAUCGUUCCCAGACGACCAAACCCUGGUCGGCCUCAUCACCAAGUCCCUCUCGCACUACCACGACUACAUAGUCAAAAGGGCGGAGGGGGCCAAGGCGGACGCCCCAGCUCUUUUUGCUCCCAAAUGGAACAGCACCUUCGAGAAUGCGCACCUCUGGCUCGGCGGAUGCCGGCCCACGCAGUAUUUCCGGUUGCUUUAUGCCAUCUGCGGCCACGAAGUCGAGUCACGUCUGCAGGAACACCUGGAGGGGCUGAGAAUCGGUGCGCUCGGGGAGCUCAGCUGCGAACAGUUGACCCGGGUGAGUGAGUUCCAGUGCAGGACUGUGGCCGAGGAAGACAGGCUGACCAAGAAGAUGGUCAGGUUGCAGGAAGAAGUUUCCGACCAGCCCAUGGCUUUGGUGGCGAGCGAGAAGGUGGAUAUCUCUGAGAGCGAUCUUGAUUCCCUGAUCGAUAGGCAUGCGAGGUCUCUGGGCCACGUAAUGGUGGAGGCAGACAUGCUGAGGUUCAACGCAUUGAAGGAGCUGGUGGAGCAGAUCUUGACCCCUCGUCAGGCUGUCGACUUCCUCAUUGCUGCCAAGCAACUUCACUCUCGUAUUCACGAGUGGGGCAUGAGGAGAGAUCAUCAGCGCGGAAGAGAGUGAGUGAAAGAAGAAGAAUCGAUGCUCAUAUGUUGUCCGUCUACUUUUCCUAAUUAGAAAUCGUGUGCGUUAGGGGUUGCCUCCUCCUUCCCUCUUUCCUUGCUUUGCUUAGUCCAGCAUACUUCAUUUACGUCCAAUUGUUCGUGGGCUUUAGCUGGUUUCGCCUGUGGUUUAUGUCUACUAUUGCUGUGAUCAUUGGUUUAAGUGGAUGAUAUAUAUAUACAUAUAUACACACACAAGAGUU